UUUGGAGCAGUAAAGUCCUGCUUGCAUCCCUGCGUUGGGCGUGUUUCUCACCAGCAGCGAAAUUUAAAGAGCAGCUGUUAUGGCGUGCAUUGGAUUUUCCUGUUCCAAGAAUUGCCUCUGCGCCUUAAACAUCCUCUAUGUUAUGGUGAGCCUGCUGAUGAUUGGCAUUGCCGCCUGGGGCAAAUGGUUCGGCCUGGUCUCCAGCUUCCGGGUGGUGGGAGGGGUCAUUGGCGUGGGGGUCUUCCUCUUCUUUGUGGCGCUGGUGGGGCUCAUCGGGGCGCUGAGGCACCAUCAGGUGUUGCUCUUCUUUUACAUGAUCGUCCUCUUCAUUGUGUUCGUGGUCCAGUUCUCCGUGUCCUGCGCCUCUCUGGCCAUCACUGAGACCCAGCAGGAAGAGCUGCUGGAGGUUGGCUGGAACAACUCUGUGAACACGCAGAGGGACGUGGAGAAGAGCCUGGACUGCUGCGGAUUCUCCGCCGUCAACUACAGCGGCGUCUGCGGCGCGGCCUGCUUCCCCAACCACACGUGCGACUUCUGUAAGGCCAAGAUCCAGAAGCAUGCUGGUGAGGUGCUGCAGUUCGUGGGAGGAGUGGGGCUCUUCUUCAGCUUCACCGAGAUUCUGGGAGUGUGGCUGACCUACAGGUAUCGGAACCAGAAGGAUCCCCGUGCAAAUCCAAGCGCUUUCCUGUAACUUCGUGUGUUUGAGUUUACGUGGGGUUUAAUCACUGCACUAUUUGAACUUUUCUGAAUGUUUUUUCUUUAUUUGUAAAUGAAGUCUGUCUGCUGGGCUUCAUUCGGGAGGCAUCACGCUCGUUUGUGCCGCUGGCCCGUCUCGUGACCGAGUAGCGCAUUUCAGUUUGAGUGGCUUGUGACGUGUGCUCCAGCACCCCCUACAGGACACUCCGGAACCUCUGCGAUAACGAGACGCGUCACUGCAGAAAACCGGAUAGGACGCUUGGAUGCAUGGCUAUGAGUGCAAAGAACUAAGCCAGUUAUCAUCAGACAUCCAUCCUGUAGAGUCCAUACUGGGGCUAACAGCUAAACACUGCUGAACAGGAAUGCUAUGGUAGUGUAGCAUAGUGUGGACCGUGCAUGCCUGACUGGUUACUUUUCACUAUGUUUGUAGGGUGUAUCUUAAGAAGUGCAAUAAAUGAAGAAAGCUCUGCUGUGUAUAUGCAUACCGUGGAAAUUGUUGCCCAUGCUCAGUGGAUUUUUACUCGCACUUCUGCAUUUUGUGUGUAUGCACAUAUUAGUAUGUAUUGACAUUCCCUUUUAAACCCAGUGUCACUCCAUGUUAGUGCUUUAGCUGAUGAAUUUAGUUUGUUGAUUUAGACCGUAGCUCAGUUCUCAAAUAAAAAAAAAAAAGAAGGAAUCUAGGGAAAUUAGGAAGUAGUGGCUAGUCUGGCUUUGUUUGUAGCUGCUCUUGACCUGAUAAUCCAUUGUUUGCUGCUCAGUAUUUCUGCAAGUGGGUUAUGAUGUGUGUGCGUGUGCGCAUGCGUGCGUGCGGGUAACCCUGCCUCAGUCUCCGAAGAGCGACAUGUGUUCGCCUCAUUCUUGCAUGAAUCCUUUUAUCCUGAUGGUUCUGUGAACUACGUACCUUUAAACUUUGUAAACUGCAAUUAAAAAGAAAAAGGAUUUGAUACACCGUGACGGGAAUGAGCUUUGUCCCAGUGCUGUUGCCAUUACGUGACACCGCUGCCACGUGUAGUAAUUCCGGCAGGCAACUUUUACAUCAGAAUCUUCGCUUUAAAUCGGGGACACAGCUGGGUUGAGCACUGAGGCCUAAAAGUCACAUGAUCCAUGCAUGCAGUAAAUGGAGUGUUAGGGUGUCUUUCUGAGUGCUUACUGCACAUUACAUGGUCACAUUCCACAAAGGUUAAAAUGUUUUAAAUGGACUUACGUGGGUUGUUGUCAGUGAAGAAAAUAUGUCAGCCGACGAUAAAAAUGAAUCUUGCUUUAAAUUCACAAUUAAUGAGGGUUCAAGUUAACUAAUACAUAAUUAAAAUUAGUUAUUAAAAUAAGUUGUCUGUUUUUGAUAGACUUUGACAGGGAGUUAAAAUAGUACAAACCUUGAAUCAUCUAUGUGUGCCAGUCAGUUUUAGGAAACUGAACUGGCUCCGUUUAAAUGCUGAAAAAACAAUGGAGAACUUCCUUGUGCCGUCAAGGCAAACAGCAUUUUUUGCAUCUCUUUCUUCACCAAAACCCCCCUCUGCAAACAAUAGGCGAUGCAUUAUGUUUUCACUCGUUGUAAAAGACUGGAAAAGCAGAGAUUGGGUUCUAGAUGUAAUUCCUGGCAGUGAUAGUAUGCUGCGACUGUUGUACCUGCAAGUGCACGUUGCCAUAGCUACGCAAAGUCGGAACAUGCCCCUCCCACUCAGGUCAGUUCAGUUGCAUUCCUACAGCACUCAGCCAUGAAGACCAGCAGACACAGCAGAAGCACUUACAUAAUGAUGUCCAGCCGUUCCAAAUAUCACUUGCCGGAUGCAACAGAGAGGCAUUCGAAGUGGUUUCCAUGGGAACGAGUUUAUCCCCGGAUAUUCCACAAGCUCAUCAUUUUGGUAACCCGGCAACCUCUCGCCGGUGGAAAAGUCAUAUCAUUUCACGCCGGCCCCUCCCAUACACACUCCAGUCACCCCGGGUAUCAUGUCUUCUUACUCGGCCUGUUCCAUCAUUAAAUACACAGAAUUGUUGACCCAGAGAUAGAAUGUAAGGUAAGGGUCCAGCGGGGCUUGGCAGAGAGCCGGAAUGACAGGUAUUAAAAAUCAGUUUGUCAAGGAAAUGUUACCCACCAAACUGAAUCGUGUCAUUCAAUGACUUCACUACAAAACUUGAUCACUGAGUCCUUGAAAUUUCUUAAAGCUUAUCAAAAAACACUUCUGCAUAUUUUAUUAUUACACUUUAGAGCUAUUUAACCUUAUAUCUGCAGAUUAGUGAAUAUUAUCAAAAUACUUUAAGAUGAUAGAAAUCACGUAGAUCAUGCUUUCUGCUCUAUGAAUGGGCUGUUUAGCUGAUUUUUCAUUCAGACAGCAUUCCUGCUUUUUUAUUAACAUAUUACACAUUUGGUAAAUUUUAGUAAAAGGUAAAAAUUACCCAAUAUUGCAAGUUUGCAAUCUGAACAAACCACUUAUGGUCAGCUGUCAUUGAGAUCCAUGUAGGUCACAUCCAGAAGGCCAUUAAAGCCAGGAGACACAACCAAGUCAGGAGACACGUUUAUUAAAAAGACAAAUACACAAGCAGGAUGAUAAGACACAAUGCAUGAAAAAGUUGAACAAUGGAAGAGGAUCCCUUGAAACUGAAGACGAAGUAUCCCAGUGCUUGGCUUUUUCACCAGUAAACAUUUUCAUGACCCUUGAGCCUGAGAACUUGGUCAAAGGUCAAAGGUCACAGGCACACAUGGUGCUCUCACAACUCUGUCUUCAGCAGCCUCUUAGCCUUCUUCAUGUUGCUUACCACUGAGAAAUGGAGAAAAAGACAAAUAUGGGCCUCUGCUGUUUUUAAAGGUUUAUUUCAUUAGUGUGCAGCACACAUGAAAUGUUAGUACGCUCUUCAUUAGCUGCGAGUCCUGAACAAUCAGUAGCCUGUGUCUCCCCCACUGCUAACUGCACAUGUGCUUCUGCCUCUGUCUCUAUUUAUUCCUGGGAUUCUGGUCUUAUUUAUUUACUUAUUUAUAUUCACUUCAUCAUUGUGUGUUUUUUUUGUCGUCCUCUAUGUUCACUGUCUGCAGGGGCACAUGCAAGUAGGCAUUUCAUUGUAUAUGGUACUCGUAUUUGUACAUAUGACAAUAAAAGAAUUGAACUGAAUUGAA